GAGAGUUUGAGUUGUGUUUUGAGCUCUGAGUUCACGUAGAGUUCGCGUCAACACUAUAUAUACAGUGACUGCAACUCUCCUCUCCCUUACAGUCAAACCAACUCUGCUUUCAAUCACACGAUUCACACGACUCUCAAACAACUCAACACAACUUCCAUACAAAUCCCGAUUGAAAUCCAGUUGUCAUUCAAUCCAUUGAAUCCAUUGCUUUCGUUGAACACAAACUCAAGCGAAGCCAAGAAUGAGUGAAACACAGACAGCGGCCACACCUGCGAAGGCUGAGGCCAAGACCGCCGCCAAGAAGAAGACGACCAAAGCCUCGUCGGCCAAGAAGGCGAAGGCGCCCUCAAACCACCCCAAGUAUGUCGAUAUGGCUAUCAGUGCUAUCAAAGCACUCAAAGAGCGCAACGGAUCCUCCAGACAAGCCGUCCACAAGUAUAUUUUGGGACACUUUAAUGUGGGAACUGAUGUGAAAGCCGUGAACUCUCACCUGAAGCAGGCGUUGAAGAGAGGAGUGGCCGGCGGUCAGCUGAAGCACGUGAAGGGUCAGGGGGCCAGCGGUUCCUUCAAACUGGCCGACAGCGCGGCCGCAGCCAAGAAACCCGUCGCUAAGAAAGCAAAGGCAGCGCCAAAACCAAAGGGAGAGAAGAAAGCAAAGAAGGCUAACCCCUCACCCAAGAAGAAGGCUUCGCCUAAGAAAGCGGCCAAACCUAAGAAGGCGGCCGCCAAGAAGGCAGCGGCUCCGGCAGCCGCUGUGGCCGCAGCCCCGGCCGCCGCACCCGCGAAGGCGGCGCCCACUCCUAAGAAGGAGAAGAAGGCUAAGAAACAAAAGACUCCAUCGAAGCCCAAACCGAAGGCCGCGAAGAAGUCUCCGGCGAAGAAGAAGGCGUCGACACCUAAGAAGAAGGCGGCGCCCAAGAAGAAGGCCAAGUAAAGCAAUGCCACACAUUCUCAGCGCUUGUUAUCGUUUGUCUCCUCCGCCACUGAUUCCCAAAAUUGAUGCAUUGAUUCAUCCAUUCAUUGAUCCAUUCAUUCAUACAUUGAUUCAUCCAUACAUUGAAACAUCCAUUGAUUCAUUGGUCAUUCACUCAUCCAUUCAUCUCGUCAUCACAUCAUCACAACCUUACCAUCACUUCAUCCAUAUAUUCAUUGAUAUGUUCGACCGGUUGUCACAAUAUAUAUAAAUAUAUAUAAACAUACGUUUGGAUUCUCAUUAAACAUUCAUUUCU